ACAUACAGCUGUGAUGAGUGUGGGAAGGAUUUUACUCGGAAUGACGGCCUAAAAAUACACCAACUCAUCCACAGUGGAGUUAAACCUUACAGCUGUGGUGAGUGUGGAAAAUCUUUUACUCAGGCUGGAAGCUUAAAAAAACACCAACUCAUCCACAGUGGACUUAAACCUUACAGUUGUGACUUGUGUGGAAAGUCUUUUAACCGGGCUGGAAGCUUAAAAUUACACCAACUCAUCCACAGUGGAGUUAAACCUUACAGCUGUGAUGAGUGUGGGAAGGAUUUUACCUGGUCUGAAAGCCUAAAAAGACACCAACUCAUCCACCGUGGAGUUAAAGCGUACAGCUGUGACUUGUGUGGAAAGUCUUUCACCGAGGCUGGAGGCUUAAAAAAACACCAACUCAUCCACAGUGGAGUUAAAGCGUACAGCUGUUACUUGUGUGGAAAGUCUUUUUCACGGGCUGGAGGCUUGAAGACGCACCAACUCAUCCACAGUGGAGUUAAACCUUACAGCUGUGACUUGUGUGGAAAGUCUUUUACCCAGGCUGGAGGCUUACAAAGACACCGACUCAUCCACAGUGGCGUUAAAGCAUACAGCUGCGACUUGUGUGGAAAGACUUUUACCCAAGCUAAAGACUUAAAAUCACAUCAUGUCAUCCACAGUGGAGUAAAACCGUACAGCUGUAACUUGUGUGGAAAUUCUUUUAGACGGGCUGGAGGCUUAAAAAAACACCAACUCAUUCACAGUGGAGUUAAAGAGUACAUCUGUGGCUUGUGUGGUAAAGCUUUUGCUCAAAAUGGCCACUUGCAGAAGCAUCUAGUUACCCACUCUGGAAUUAAGGCGUACAGCUGCGACUUUUGUGGAAAAACUUUCAACGACAAACACAACCGAAAUAGUCACCUACGGAUUCACACUGGAAAUGAUGUUUACUGCUGUGAUCAGUGUGGGAAACUGUUUGCAACAGACGCACAGUUAAAACAACACAUGUUUAUCCAGUUCAUUGCCACCGGGGGCUCCUUUAUGACCAUCGCAUUCAGUUUCAGAGUUGGUGUGUCCACAGUGAGCCAGAUCAUCCCCCAGGGUCACUAA